AUGACACCAGCUAAGCUCAUCCUGGUAUUGGCAGCCGCCGCCCGCGGCGCCGCCGCGACGGUGCAGGGCACGGGCUCGGGCACGGACGCCGACCCCUGCCACACGACUAACUGCGACGUCCGCUACGCGCUCAGCAAGGGCGUUUGCUACGGCGCAGGUGGCGCGCACGGCAGCUGGACGUGUAACGUCGACGAGGCGACUUGUACCGCGGCAAGUGGCCACCACUACCCCUCGACGACGCUCACCGGCGGCUGCUGCAUGUGCGAGGGCGGCUGCCCCGCGUCGUUGGAGACUGGCACGAACUGCGCGGCAGGCUACGGCGCCGUCAGCAACCCCUACGAGACGACCUGCAAGUACACCGCCACGAUCGACCCGUUCGCGGGCCCGACGGGCUACUUCAAGUUUGAUGAGUGCGGCGACGUCGCCAACCCCGUCAUCGCGAUGAAGCAGGGCUCGACGUACGUCUUCGACCAGGCCGACGGGAGCAAUUGGUACCACCCGCUCGGCAUGGCUUAUUUCCCCGACGGCGCGCACACGGGCGUCGACGAGCUCGAGCCCGGCAUCGCGCAGACCGGCGGCAGCACCACCUGCGCCGCCGGCAACACGUGCCAGGCGCCGAUGUACUACAAGAACGGCGUCUUCACGGGCACGACGUACGACAACACGGCGGCCACGCCCGUCGGCGGCGACGACUUCGGCCUCGACGUCUACGAGCCGGAGUUCUUCUACCCCAAGGACCAGUGGUCCGAGAAUCUGUACUUCGUCGCGCUCACAGUCACGGACACGACCUACGCCAAGGAUUUGUUCUACUUCUGCCACAUCCACGCGGGCAUGAGCGGCGUCAUCAAGGUCCUCGACUCCUCGGCGGCCGCCGUCUCGACCGCCCACGCCACGUCUGUGUUCGACCCGGCCACCUACUACAUGACGCCGUCAACCUACGACCAGUCGUGCGGCACCUACGGCCUCGACGGCGGCUCCACGUCGUACAAGUCGGGCGCCACGUGUACCGACGAGGAGUUCCUGUGCCACACCGGAACGCUCGCCGAGGGCUCGUUCGGCGACUGCCUCAAGGCGAUGGACUGCCAGAUGGACACGGAAAUGAUGACGACCCUGGACACGGCGAGCGACGUCGCCUCAUUCAUGCACCAGAUGAUCCCGCACCACGAGAACGCGAUCAACAUGGCCAAACUCCUCCUCAAGCAGAACGCGCUCACGAUCACGCGCCGCAAGCUCCGCGAGGAGGGCCGCCGCCUCGACGACGACGGCGGCUGCGCGGACUGCGCCAUCGAGGACAUGCUCUGGUCGAUCAUCGUCGUGCAGGGCCACCAGGUCAUCACGAUGAAGGACUGGCUCGCCGCCAACUCCAAGCCCGAAAGCGCCACGUGCACGCACAGCCACCGCAUGCUCUCCACCCCGAACCUCCGCGUCGCGCCCGCCGUCGAGGCGCCGCGGCGCCUGACCGGGCACGCGGGCACGGGCGCGGGCACGGAGGCCGACCCCUGCGUGACGACGAACUGUAACACGGCCGGCACCGAGUGCACGUUCACCGCCACGGUCGACCCGCACGCGGGUCCGUCGGGCUACUACAAGUUCAACGAGUGCGGCGACGUCGCCAUGCCUGUCAUCUCGAUGAAGCGGGGCGUCAAGUACAUCUUCGACCAGAGCGACGCGAGCAACUGGUACCACCCGCUCGGCAUGGCUUACUUCCCCGACGGCGCCCACGCGGGCGUCGACGAGCUCGAGCCCGGCAUCACGCAGACGACCGGCGACGCCUGCGCCGCCGGCAACACGUGCCAGGCGCCGAGAUACUUCAAGGACAACGUCUUCGCCGGCACGACGUACGACAACACAGCGGCCACGCCCGUCGGCGGCGACGACUUCGGCCUCGACAACUACGAACCGGAGUUCUUCAUCCCGAAGGGCGACUGGCUCGCGACGAAGUACAAGGUCGAGCUCACGAUCACAGACACGGCCUAUGCGACGGACAUGUUCUACUUCUGCCACAUCCACGCGGGCAUGAGCGGCAUCAUCAAGAUCGCUGAUGCGACCACCGGCGCCGUCGUGUCGACGAAGACCGCCGCGACGACGCUGCCGGCCGACUACUACAAGACCCCCACGACCUACGACAAGUCGUGCGGCUCGUACGGUAUCGAUGCGUUCCAGACGUCCAAGGGCGCGUGCGGCAACGAGCACUUCGUGUGCACUACCGCUGCGACCCCGAGCGGCUCGUUCGGCGACUGCCUGAGCUCGAUGGACUGCGCCAUGGACUACAACAUGAAGACGACGCUCGACUCGAACGACGUCGUUUCUUUCAUGUGGCAGAUGAUCCCGCACCACGAGAACGCGGUCAAUAUGGCGAAGUUAUUGAUGAAGCAGAACGCGUUGACGCUCUCGCGCCGCAAGCUCCGCGGCGAGGGCCGCCGUCUCGACGACGAUGGCGGCUGCGCGGACUGCGCCAUCGACGACAUGCUCUGGGACAUCGUCUCGGUCCAGUCGCACCAGAUCCUCACGAUGAAGGACUGGCUCACCGCCAACGGCAAGGCCGAGUCCGGCACGUGCAGCGCGGCCCUCGGCGCCGCCGACGCCGCCGGCCACGUCGCCCCGACCAUGCUCGCCGCCGGCCUCGCCGCCGCGGCCCUCCUCGCCGCCUAGUCGUCCCCAUCGAAGGCGCGAUCGACCCCUGUCCCCCUUUCGUGCAAAAAGCGCCGCCCUUAA